AAACAGAAAGCCAGCUGGCAGAAACUGAACAGUGCCACUGCAUUUUUAUUGCUUCUAACCCCCCCAAACCAGAUUAUUACUAAAAAAAUGUCUUUUUUAAUUUCAUUUGUCUCUGAUCCUGCAUUAAUUUGUCUGCUGUGUGCAGCAGUAUUAUUAGCUGUACUCUAUUUUUCAACUGGCUAUAAAAAUUCAGCUUUUAAAUUUCCUCCUGGUUUUCCGAUCAUUGGUAACCUGCACUUGGUGGAUCUUAGAAGGCAAGAUAAAUCACUAAUGAAGCUUGCGGAAAAAUACGGCCCCAUCUUCACCCUCCACUUUGGGUUCCAGAAAGUUGUGGUCCUGACCGGGUACGAAGUUGUGCGGGAGGCGCUUGUGAACUACACAGAGGAGUUUGUAGACAGACCAUCCAUCCCAAUAUUUGACCAAAUUCAGAAUGGAAACGGUUUGUUCUUCUCUAUCGGGGAGCUGUGGAGAACAACGCGGAGGUUCACCGUAUCCAGCAUGCGCAACCUUGGCAUGGGGAAAAAAAUGAUAGAAGGGAGAAUUUUUGAGGAGCUUCACUUCCUUAUCGAGAUGAUCAAAUCCUUCAAAGGGGAACCUUUUAGCCUGACGUCCUUCAACUGUGCUCCAAUCAACAUCACCUUCAUCAUGCUGUUUGGGGACAGGUUUGACUAUAAGGACCCAACAUUUGUCACUCUCUUAAGACUCAUAGAUGAAGUUAUGAUUCUUCUGGGAUCUCCGUAUUUGAGCUAUUUCAAUUUCUACCCAUUCCUUGGAUUUCUUUUCAAAACCCACAAGAUUAUGCUUGGGAAAAUAGAAGAUGUGCGCGUCAUUUUAAGGCAAUACAUGAAGGCAAGCAGGGAGGAUAUCAAUGAGAACAGCGUGAGGAGCUACAUUGAUGCACUGAUAUUCAAGCAACAAGAG